AUGUCUAUCCCCACUUCAAUCGCUCCCGUAACGGAACGGUUUUGUUAUGCCGAUAAAAGUUCGCUGCAGGAUGUGUCCGUGUAUAUGCCUCGUCCGUUGCCAGAGAAGCAAUCUGAGAUCGGAUAUUGGGUAAUACAGAUAUUAUGUGACGGCGAUCCGCGCAUUGCUUCUGACAUAAUUGCUUAUGCUUCGAUUAAUUAUCGUCUCACAAGCCAUCCGAAUUUCCCUCAGGACCCUCUAUCCGUCGAGCCAACGAAGUACAGAAACGCUAAACACCCAGAUCAUCUGGACGAUGUUGUGCAUGCUCUUGCUUUUCUUCAAGCCAAAUAUUCAUUUGGUCAAAGAUAUAUAUUGGUCGGGCACAGCUGUGGAGCAACGCUAGCAUUUCAAACCGUGAUGAAGAGUAUUACAGGCGUCGUGUGUGCUGAAUUGGCGCAGCCACUGGCAAUUGUCGGAGUGUCUGGGAUCUAUGAUUUACGUCUCCUUCGCGAUACUCACGAGCAUCCUGCUUAUCAGCAAUUUACCGAGGACGCCUUUGGUGGAGACGAAGAGAUUUGGGACCGCGUGUCACCAGCCAAAGUCCAACACGGGGGAGUUGUUGAGGGUUGGAGCGCUGGUAAAUUGGCGAUGCUCGCCAGCUCAAACGGCGAUGAGCUCGUCGAUCCGCCGCAACUCAAGGCUAUGGCUGAGGUUCUCGACCAGUGGAAAACCCACGACGGCCCAGAUGGAAGAGAAGUGCUGAUCAUUGAUGAUUUGGAAGAAUCACAUGAUGAUAUAUGGAAGAAUGGCGUGGAAUUGGCGAAGGUUAUAUCCAAGACGAUCGAAGCUUUACAAAGGAAAUGA